GCCAAACAGUUCAGACGGCAGUCCUGUUAGUUUGUGCAUUUGUUAGCAAACGCAUUUGUUUUAAUUUGCAUUGUAUAUUAUUUUUUUAUUCCUUCUAGACCUAGAUGUAGAUCUAGAUCUAUCAACGAAGUCUAGAUCUAGGUGCAGGUCUUGAUGUGUAGCAGCAAAUAAAAUUGUUGACACAACUUAAUGGGACUCUUCAUUGACUGAAAUCAUUUUGAGUAGCGGAUGCUGGACUGACUGGACCCAUCAUGUCACAGGGUCAGAGCUCAUUACCCCAGAACAAGGAGGCCCAGUUAAGAUCAUACCAGGUCCAUCUCAAGGACAAUGUGCGUUCAAUGUUUGAUAAUUUCACAGAAAUCAUUCGCCUGGCCCGCGUAAGUGACAAGAUAGAAGAAGACGGCCAGCUGUUGCGUGCCACCCAGAUUGAUCAGGACCACUACGAGAUGCAGGUGCGAGCUGCUAACAUUGUGAAGGCCGGUGAGUCCCUUAUGAAGCUAGUCUCAGACCUCAAACAGUUCCUGAUCCUGAAUGACUUCCCUUCAGUCAACGAGGCCAUCUCACACAAUGCCAGCUUGUAUAAAGACAUGCAGACAGCCAUAGACAAAAAACUGAUGAACUUGAGGGAUGAAAUGUCAGCUGACUUGUAUGAACUGGAGGAUGAAUAUUAUUCUUCUAUCAACAAAUAAUGGCUGCCUGCUUGUGUCAAAGUGGGAGUGAUGUCAGUGUACAGGGCCUGUCUGUGUGGGUGCAGUAGAGUCAUUGGUUACCUUGUUUCAGGUUUGAUGUUUGACUAUCUAGGAAACUUGGUGUAUGUAGACAGUGGUUGAUGUUUGACUGUCUGGUAAACUUGGUGUAUGUAGACAUUGGUUGAUGUUUGACUAUCUAGGAAACUUGAUGUAUGUAGACAGUGGUUGAUGUUUGACUGUCUAGGAAACUUGGUGUAUGUAGACAGUGGUUGAUGUUUGACUGUCUAGGAAACUUGGUGUAUGUAGACAGUGGUUGAUGUUUGACUGUCUAGGAAACUUGGUGUAUGUAGACAGUGGUUGAUGUUUGACUGUCUAGGAAACUUGGUGUAUGUAGACAGUGGUUGAUGUUUGACUGUCUAGGAAACUUGGUGUAUGUAGACAUUGGUUGAUGUUUGACUGUCUAGGAAACUUGGUGUAUGUAGACAGUGGUUGAUGUUUGACUGUCUAGGAAACUUGGUAUAUGUAGACAGUGGUUGAUGUUUGACUGUCUAGGAAACUUGGUGUAUGUAGACAUUGGUUGAUGUUUGACUGUCUAGGAAACUUGGUGUAUGUAGACAGUGGUUGAUGUUUGACUGUCUAGGAAACUUGGUGUAUGUAGACAGUGGUUGAUGUUUGACUGUCUAGGAAACUUGGUGUAUGUAGACAGUGGUUGAUGUUUGACUGUCUAGGAAACUUGGUGUAUGUAGACUGGUUGAUGUUUGACUGUCUAGGAAACUUGGUGUAUGUAGACAGUGGUUGAUGUUUGACUGUCUAGGAAACUUGGUGUAUGUAGACAGUGGUUGAUGUUUGACUGUCUAGGAAACUUGGUGUAUGUAGACAGUGGUUGAUGUUUGACUGUCUAGGAAACUUGGUGUGUGUAGACAGUGGUUGAUCUAGGAAACUGUAUGUACAUAUUUAUUGGUCCACUUGUCUCGGUUGUA